AUGGGUAACUGUUUCAGUUGCCCCGAUAAUUCAAAAGCACACAUCGGGGACCCGAGUGGCGCUGCAGCCCGGAUUCCAUUGGAACCAAACGGGACCCUGAGCACAGAUUCUCCUAAGGGACCAUUGCCCAUCACGACCCCACCGCUCAAUGUAGGCAAUGUUACACCAUGUACCCCGCCGGCACCUCAACCAGAUACACCUGUGGACCAUUUCGGGGGCCAGAUGAAGAUAUUUGUUGCCUUGUACGACUAUGAUGCCCGAACUGACGAGGACCUGAGCUUCAAGAAGGGAGAACAUUUGGAGAUAGUGAACGACACACAAGGAGACUGGUGGUACGCCCGGUCUCGGACUACUAAAAAUGAAGGAUAUAUACCGUCAAAUUAUGUCGCUAAACUGAAAAGCUUGGAAUCUGAACCAUGGUAUUUUGGAAAGAUACGUCGGGUAGAAGCAGAGAAGAAAUUAUUAUUGCCUGAGAAUGAACAUGGAUCAUUUUUAAUCCGUGAUAGUGAAAGCAGAAAGAAUGACUAUUCCUUGUCAGUAACUGUUUUCUUUUGUCUUUUAUUGCACAGAAUAUCUGUGUUCGUUCAUUUUGCAGUGUAG